CACAGCCGAGCCGGGACUGCUGUGGGAAAGAUCGCAUCACUGAGUAUGGUAUAUAUUUCAAUGGACUACACUGAUCGUUUUCAGUUGUUUUCAGUUUUUUUCAAUUGCCAAACAGUGAUAUAUGAAAGAAGUAUUUGCCUGCUGUGUUAUACCUGACAAACCAAAAAACUAAUUUUAGAUAUCAAGAAACACAUUUUUUCUUGUUUCAAAUUUGUCUUUCACCAACAACAACCAUCUUAAUUAUUGAAAAAAUAUCUACAUUUAUUACAAUAGUGUGCUUACAUCCUUUCUUUAAAUAACUUUGCGAAGUACAGAAAUCUUAUACAACAAUGACUGAAGAUACAAAUUCAUCAGAUUCUUCUCCUUCACGUAACACGCGGUCUUCUAGAGAACGAAAGAAUAGCCUGAAACGUGCCUUGCAGCAGACAAUAGGUUUACAAGAAGUAAUCAAUGAUUCCACGAUAAAUAAGCUUGAUGAAGUCGUAAAUAAAGCUGAUGAUAUCACUAAUGAAACAAGUACACAAGAAAAAGUUAACAAUCAGCAGGAAGUGCUUAUUGAUUCAGAAAUGAUGACUCUAUCUUCUAAAAUUCUGAAGACUUGCACCAACACACUGACAAAGAGAAUGUGUGAUUAUAACUAUAUUGACUUUGCACAAAAGCUGAUAAAUCAUUUAGAAGAAACGUCAGAUAACUCGCAGUCUCCAAAUUGGUCAGUGUUAGAAAUGCAAGUAACGAAAUUGAUUAAAAGAAUGCCCAAUUAUAGCACAUUAUUAGGCACGCUAGAGCCUUUGGAGAAAAAGGUGAUAGUCAGAAAAAAGCCGCAGCAAAGGAUACUAUCGCAAGCUGCGAUGAAAGUACCUGAUAAAUUAGUACCGCAGGCGAAUACAAAGGACGAAGACAGCGUGGAACGAACUGUGAGAAAAAUCAAGAAAUUAAUCGCGUGUUACUACAAGGAAACGCGGAAACCAAUUGAUUUAUUUCAACUAAUUCUGCAUCCUGAUGAUUUCGGCAGAACUAUUAGGAAUCUGCUAUAUAUAUCAUUUCUUGUAAAAGAUGGAGUGGUAAAACUGAAAAAAAAUAAUCGCGGAAGUCUCGUCGUGGAACCAUGUCAUAAGCAGGCAAAUUCACAAAAUAAGGAAUCUAACAAGAAUAAAACAGGUAGUCAAAAUGUCAUUUCAUUAAAUAUGGAUCAAUGGAUGAUAUUGAAAAGAGCAUAUAAAGUGCAGGAACCAAUGAUCGAUUUUGACGAAGACAAAUAACUUGUGUAUUGGCGAGUUUUCUUAUCAGCUCAUACAUAGAAUGUGAUUUUUGUUGUUGUAACAUCACAUUAUGUUUUUCUAUUAUAUGUUCACAUUUUUCAUUAUAUGUUCACAAUUUUAAUUAAAAAUUUGUUUA